AUGAUUGACAAGUUAUUCUACUAUUGAAUAUCAGUUCAAAUAAGUUUAAUUGAAGAUUGUUCAGUUAGUUUAGCGUACAUUGCUGUGCAGUUUCAAAUUUUGCCUAAUAGUGUCUUAGCUGUGGCUUGACUUCUGUAUCAUGAAUGGAAAGUUGUUGGCAUGGAAAUUAAUACAGUUUUUCCUGCUACCACGGCCCUCACUGUGUGUAAAUAUGUAAAAUACAAAAAUUUUUGUAAGCAAAUAUAGACUUUCUUUGUUCUAUUCAUCCCUAAAAUUGUGUUCAAAAUGCACAAUUUGGUACCUCCAUUUUCAAAAAAAUUACCCAUGGAAGGUCGCCAGGACCCCCACCUGUGGGAGGGGAAACCCCUUCCACACCCUCUGUUGGUGUUCGCACUCCAUCGGCAGUUUCAGAUUUUUUUGACCUCACCCUACUUACAUGUCUGUGAAACAGCAGAGGGGGAGGAGGAGGAAGAAUUUGAUGAUGAUGGAAGCAACACUGGCAAGCCCUGCAAGGACAGGGAGAAGUAUGCCUUCAAGCCGACGGAAGAGAACAUCCUUGUCGAGUGGUUCCAGGAGAGGAAGGAGUUUUAUGACAAGUCGGAUAGCAAAUUCUAUGCCAAAACCUCUAAGAGGAAGAAGCUGGAAGCAUUGGCCAAGAGGCUUGGCUGUGAUGUGGACAAGAUUGAGGGUUGGUUCCGAAAUCAGCGAACGGCUGUUGGCAAACUGAUGAAGUGCACAAAGAGUGGCUCAAUGGCCCAGAAGAGGACACCCAGACAGGAGUGGCAGCUGAAGUCGUUCACUUUUUUGCAGGAACACAUCGCACCCAGGACAUACACAACAGAGCCAACAGAGCUUGGGAAGGCCUCUUCGUCACACGAUGUACAUAGCGAGUCUGAGAGUGGCAACGAAGAGCGUCCACAGUCCCCUGCCAUUUCAAGUGUGGCCACAGGAGGCAGCAGGCUGGGCAAGCGGGCAAAGACCAGCCGCUUGGAGGAUGCGAUGCUGAAGUACUUUGAGCAGCCACGGCCUAGUCAAGACAUUGGCAAACAGUUGCAGACUGUUUCCAGACCAGUGGACACCAGGGAAGCUUUUGGGCAGUACAUGACCCAGUACAUGCACAGGAUUCCCGACAGCAGGUGGGACGAGUUCACAUGGAUGCUCUGCAGCUGCUGAGUAGAUACUCUAGGCCUGGAGGGGACCAGACAUAUUUUCAGCAAUUGGUCCAGGGUCCAUCGCAGCAAUGGGGCCAUGGUCCGUCACAGCAGUGGGGCCAGGGUCCGGCGCAGCAGUGGGGCCAGGGUCCGGUGCAGCAGUGGGGCCAGGUUCUGGCGCAGCAGUGGGGCCAGGGUCCAUCGAAGCAGUUGGGUCAGGGUCCGUCGCACGGUCCACACAAGCAGCAGCAGCAGUGGCCACUUAUGCCAAGGUCGCACAGUACCCCACCAGAGGUAUUUUCAC